AGGCAAAUUUACGGGACACGGGCGUACUAAUGCCCUCAUACUGACAGGGAGUCAUUCAUCGUCACCACAGAGGCACAUUUUUUGCGGGAUUUAAGUGAGAUUGCUACCAAGUCAGCGUGCUGGUAUCCCAGAAUUCUUAGGUCAUGGAGUUCGAGCGAGUGUUGAAGGAAGUUGGCGGCUUCGGUCUUUUCAACAAGACCAUCAUGCUCGGAGCUCUCGUGCUAGCCACGUGGAACACGGCUCUGUGCUAUUUCUUUCACGUGUUCUUGCUCAUCGCACCACCAAGCCAGUGGUGCUUCGUCAACGGCACGUCGCUUGAAGACUUCCCGGAUGCAAGCGUGUUGCCACGGCGACGCUGUCACAUGGUGAGCUUAUCCAGUGACGGCGUGAAUGCCAGCGUCGCCGACGGCAGUGCUUCGACUUGUACCACAGGAUGGAAGUUCGAUCCGACUGAGUUCUUCACAUCGGUCACAAUGGAGAAUCAGUGGGUAUGCGGCGAAAGCUGGAAAUUGUAUGCUGUCCACACCGCCUAUUGGUCAGGGUCGAUGACCGGUUACUUCGUGUCAGGAUUUCUCGCCGACAAGAUCGGCCGCAAGAAGACAGCCCUGGUGCUCAUAGUGGUGGGAUCGACCUGCAAUCUGCUCGGCGCCUUCUUCUCCCAGUUCACUAGUUACACGAUACUCAAGUACUUCACCGCUGCAGGUUCUUACACGGUCACGACCACAGUGUUUGUGCUAGUGAUGGAGUACACCAUAUCUGAAAGGAGGACACUGGUUGCCUUCGUCUGGGCUACCAGCUGGACUGUACUGGCCACGAUGCUGCCCUGGUAUGCGUACCUUGUGCAGAACUGGAGGGUGCUUAUCGUUACAAACGCCUCCAUGAGCGUGUUUCUACUCGUGAUCUUCUGGUGGGUCCCUGAAUCAUCUAGUUGGCUGCUGUCAGUAAACCGCAAGCAAGAAGCCCUUGCCAUCCUCCAGAGAAUUGCGCGUAUUAACGGCAAGGACGUGUCAGAAGAGCAACUUAAUAAGCUUUUGAAAAAAACAGCCAGCGACGCCCAAAGCCACGCCGUCGAUGAGGAGGCCCCAAGCUUCUGGAAAGGCACCCUGCUCAUGCUCAAGUCACCCAACAUCAGGAAGAUCAUGGUGCUCAUCUACCUCGGCUGGUUUAUAGUUUGCAUGUGCUACAACGUGACCACCCUCGAGCUUGGACGGCUGGGCCUGAACAUAUACUCAACGUACUCCAUAGCCAUCGCGUGCGAGUUUCCUGUGAACGUCAUAUGCAUCUCCUCGCUGGACAAACUUGGACGACGUUGGCCGAACUCCAUCUUUACACUAAUCGGUGGCGCUGUCUGCCUCGCCAUGUGGCUAAUUAGGACCGAGUCGGCUACCUGGACGCUCGUUAUGGCAACCAUGCUUAUCAUGGCAUUCGCCGGCGGCUACAACAUCACGUACCAGCUGGCUUCGGAAGUAUUCCCCACUGUCGUCCGCGGUCGCGCCGUUCUGCUUCAGAGACUGCUCGGAGACGCAGGUGGACUGCUCGGCGCACAAAUAGCCUCCCUGGCUGAACUGGACGAAUACUUGCCGAUGCUGGUCAUGGGCUGCUUAGCGUUGCUGGGCAGUGUGCUGGUCUUUUUUCUGCCGGAGACGGUAGGCACCGCUAUGCCACAGACCAUUGAGGACGGCGAGCGCUUCGGCCGUGAUCAAGGGCUCUGGUUCUGCCCUCUAUUCACCAGGAAUGCCGAAGAGCCCUCGCAAGAGAAGUCACCAAAGAGAGAGAGGCUAGGGAUCUUCUCCUUCCGCAAGAAUAUGCCGGUUACGGGGCAGGCUGCGGUCAACAAGGCCUUCGAUAAUAACGAAUCUGUUGUGGCAACGAUUUACAACGCCGUUAGGUGAAGGUUUCUGCCUCCACAGCCCGCCACAGUGGGCAGCAUCUUUACCACUCUGCUCCUAGACGGGGCUGCAAACAUCACUGCCAGUCGCGACGCGCAUAUUGAUAACCUCGCCCAAGCACCCAUGACAUGUCGCGCAGCGUAUACGUUGACUCUUCAGAGGCACUUUCCCGUGAAACGACACUGCGCUCUUGUGAAGAACUGUGACUGUGAUAUGUCCAGGUAUCCUCCAUGAAGAAAAAAAAAACGCAUCUCAUAAGUGACAGAAGAAUAUUUGUCAACGUAGUAGUAUCGACUGUAUCGUGCAUUGUGCCAGCGAAGGUGGUACCAGAAACAACGUG